GCUCAGAGGAGGAUUGACGAUUAAAAGAAACUUGCAACGAGCUCGUUGAAUCUGAGGAUUUGUUUGGGGAUUGGUCUCACUUCCUACGGCCAGAUUGAGGGUUGAGCCAUGGCGUGGGCGAGGGGCAUGAGUGAUGCUUUUGUCGCUGGGUUCACUUUAGGAAGGAGACUCUCUAUGAAAGGUGGCAAAUUUGAGACCAACGCUAAGGAAUUUAAGCAGAAACAUAAAUUUAUUGUUAGAGGCAAGGUUAUAUUAGCUUCCUUACAACUUGUAUUUUGUUCUUGAUUGCUACACAUGCUGGAGUGCGUGGGUCCUCAAUCUCUGAGCCCCAGUUGAAGCACAUGGAAAGCACUACAACUAACUUCAAUUUUCUGCAUUCAAAAGCUGCAUAAGUCCUUCAGGAGGUCAUACAUGCAAAAUAACACCAAGUGAGGGUUGUAAGAAGGUAAUGUUCGGGGUACAGCUUCAUGGCAGGAAUAGUAACACCAUGUUGAUGAUAUUGCUUUGCCUCUUUCACAUGGAAAGGAAAAGAGGUGGAAGGAUAACUAGAAAUUUUGAGUGUUUAUUGUUUAUUAGUAUAGUUUUCUUUUGCUGUUCCUGUUCUGAGUUUGAGAAGCCUCUUUUGUCAGUUACUUGGAGAUCUAGGGAGUGUUUUCCUUCCUUCUUUUUUUUUUGUGUGGAUGAAAUGUGAAUUUUCAUUUAUCCAAAACUAAGGAGUGUUUUUUGUUUAUUCAUGUUCAAAAGUUGCUGAAAAUUGGCGAUAAAGGGACAGAAAUGUGGGAUGCCAAAUUGGGAUUAAUUUGGAAAGUCUACUUGGUAUUAGCUUUUUAAAGUGUAAUUUGACUGUAGAUUGCUUGAUGUAUAUGAACCUUUGAAAUCUUGAAUCUUAUUCUUACCUUGGUCUAAAACAGUGAGGAAGUGAGGGAUUUUUAAUGAAUGUUGGAUGAAGGAACCCAUGAAAGAUUGUUUUCUGUCAAUGUGUGGGGUUUCUAAAAUUGAUAUCCCUGUUAGGAUGUAUCUCUUGUUUAGUUUGGUUCUGUAUGUAAGUGAGAAAAGAGAUGAAAAUAAAGUGGAAGAGAGAGGGUAGAGGAGAAAAGAGAAAUGGAUGACACUUGCAUUAUUUUGUUUUGAACCAUCUUGUAUGCUUGUGUUUUGAGUUUGAAUGGUGGAACAUUUAUGAAAAGUUGAACUUGGAAUCUUUGGUGGUAACUAAUCUCUCUUGCAUUAACCAAUUUUUGGACUUUGGUGCAUUUAAUCUGUCACAUGUAUCUGAUUAGACCUCUUUUGAAUUGUUCAUUAGGGUAAUAAAUGGAACGCUUAAGUGGUCGGGAUGUGUGUGUCCAUGGUAUGAGUUGCAUGCAUUUUGAUGUUAGGGGCUGUUUGUGCCAGCAAACCACUCUCCAAAAUUAGGUGACAGGAUUUGGUUGAAAAUUGGCUUGUUUUUGUUCAAUGAUGUUAUUGUUUUCCAUUUUUCUUUUUCCCUUUUUUGGCCUCCGUUCAUUGAAAUUGUUUGAAUUUCAGGAAUAUGUAACAAUUAUUUACAUAUUUUGCCUCCUAAAUUCCCUUUUUCGUUGUUGCACGAUUAUCAUGUUGAAGGUUUUUUUUUUUGAAGUUUGCUAUUGUUCAUGGGGGAGAGUCGGAGCGGAAGGCGCUUGAAAAUACUAGGGGAUUGAAGUUUGCGAGACUUUUUGGGAAAUAGAGUUGCAAAUGUGGUAGCUUCGUUUUGUCACUCUCAAUUAUUUGGUUACUUAAGAUCACCUGAAUCGGUAUAGAAUUGUAUUAAAGCAAACCUUAAUUU